AUGGCUCUGCUUUCCAAAACUAUCACCGCUAUCGGUGGUUUGCUGCUUGCACAUGCCUGCUACUCUGCACGUGAGCAUACAACGCUACAAUCCCUCCAAGCCCCCUCCUCUAGCCUCACGUCGUCUUCAACGAGCAUCUCCUCUUUACCCUUGGAUAUUGUCGUCGAAACCAUUGUGUCGACCUUCAUAAUUCUUGUUGGACUGGUUCUGGGCACUCAUCCUCUGCGGCCAGUUGAAUGGCGUGUCUGGGCGGGCAAGAUUGAGCGGGAGGGCGAGGAAGGCUUCACAAACAAUAGUGGCACUGUGGACGAGGACUACAUGGGAAACCCCUUCAGCGUUCUCGAGUCUAGGCCCAAUUUUGUCGACAUUCGAAAACUGCGUCGGGAGUUCAGCGACUGGGCUCAACAGGAAGAGGUCAAGCAGGAAGGCGGUGAUAUCGUUCCCCACGCUGCCGCUUCUGCUCACCAUGGCGUUGUUCCAUCUCGGCCGUCCAAGAACCCCGAGGCGGCUUUCAUGCAAUCUGGCCGCUCAAGUGCCCAAGGAAUCAGACUUCGCCGACCGCAGGAGCAUGACAGCAUUUCUGUUCGCUCUAGAACGUCCAUCCGCCCUCAGGCAACCACUUCACGUCCGUCUCAAAGGAGAAGGUUACAAAAUACGCCCAGAUCUCAACUUGCAGGUGGUGCGGCGCUGAGGCUUGGUCACUUCGGCCAUAUCGGUCGAAGUCUUACCGAACACGCGAAGUUACACACCACAGGUUCCUUCGUCCUUGCCGGAUUUGGUUGUGCGGACGAUGAACAGAACAGUGACUACCACAACCAAGACAUGUUGAGUGAAGUUAUCAUGGCCCUUGACGUUGACAAAGACGGAAAGGUUGGCUGUGCCUACUACAUCACAAUGGAGGAGGUCCUCGUCCUCGAGGAGGAGAUUCCCAUAGGCGGUCUUGAAGCUGUCGAAACGCUCCUCUUGCACGUCCAGCCAACCUCGAUACUCAUACCAAACAGAACCCAGGGUGACUUGCUCGAAUUUCUGGAGAGAGACGCGCUCCGGCUUGAUGAUAGUGCUUCGAGUAGCGAAAAGGGCUCAUAUGUCCUCCGUGAACUUAGCUCAGCCCAAUUCGACUAUGAAUCAGGAAAAGAAGCCCUUGCGAGACUUGAGCUUGGCUUGUCAAGGCCCGAUCCCCUUCAAGUCAUUUCAGCUGAGGAUGAACCUGCGCAAUGCAUUGGGUCUUCUGCUCACUAUAGCCUCAUGCGGCUUGCCGAGACCAUCAAUCUGGAGAGUUUUCUAUCCAUUGGAUGCGCCGGAGCUGUGUUGCAUGAUCUAGAACGUCGAAGAGCUACCGAAGAUCAACUUUCUGAUAACGACCGCGAUCUGAUCGUGCGUACAAUUGACUUCCAACUCUCCAAGGAAAGUGGUCGGACAGAGAUUAUGCAAGGUGGGGUCCCAGAGACCGUUGCACAGCAUGUUCUACACUGUACUGUCAUGCCACAGCUUGGCUUCCUGAUUGGCGUGCGUCUCGAUCCAAGGACUGGUGAAGGGAUCUACCACGGUCAGUAUCACCUCGGCGAUGAAUGGACUUUGUGUUUCACGACCGAUGAAGAAGUUGAAGUCAUGAUGGAACUCUCUGCAGCGGUUCUUCAGCACGAGGAAUCGAUGCUCACGGCCUCAGAACUGUGGGGAGAGCUUGACAGCUUCCUUGCUCUCGCUUUGGCCGCUGAGAAGUACAACUGGAUCGCCCCCAGAAUGACGACUUCGAAUAUAAUUGAUAUCGUUGGUGGGCGGCACCCACUUCAGGAGUUGAUCGUUCCAGCCUACGUUCCAAACGACUGCAGUCUGGCUGGAGGUCAUGGCGUCGGCGCCUUCGACGACCCCGAACUGCCUGUCUCUGCCAACGAAAAAUGCGCAUCUCCCUCAAUGCUGAUCCUCACCGGUCCAAAUAAUUCAGGGAAGAGUGGCAACAAUAGGAGUGACAGAUCGAAUCCUUACCAGGAUUGCUACACGUGA